AUGCCGGUCGACAAACUGCACGCGGCCGUCCUCGAGCGCAUCUUUGCGCUCGCGUCGCUCGACCAGGCGCUGUGGGAGACGCCCGACUACGCGACCCUCAAGGCGUGCGCGCUCGUCUACUCGCACUGGCGUCACCCUGCCCAGGCCACCCUCGCCCGCCACGUCCGCAUCGCCUCGCCCGAGGCCAUGGCCGCCGUCCGCUCGCGCGAGUGCAGGCGCAUGCUCGCCGAGCACCAGACCCUCGUCCUCGACUCCACCUUCCUGUGGGGCGCCGACACGUACUGGCUCCUCGACCGCUUCCCCAAGCUCGUCUCGUUCCGCCUCGAGUACGACCCGCUCCGCGGCAACACGGACGGCCAGCGCGAGCGCGACGACGAGUGGCUCACGUGGGACGUUCUGCGGCACCCUUCCCUCACCGGCGUCAGCAAGCUGUCGAUCGUCGCCGACCUCGAGGACCCCGAGGACACGACCCCCCUGUCGCUCCCCGUCACGCACGCCACGCUCGGCCGGCUCCCGUACGAGCACAACGCGUGGCUGCACCACGCCAUCUUCACGGGCUCCAAGGCGACCCUGCGCGACGUGUCGCUCGACUUCAGCAAGGACGUGACGGACAAGCUCGCGCUCGACAACCUCAUCGAGGAGUUCCAGGCCGUCGCGGCGACCGUCGAGCACCUCCACUUCCUCAACAAGCCCAACAUCAACUUCCUCAUGUCGCUCCACUCGAAGAUGAACGCGAUCAAGAUGCCCUUCUUCUACUCGUGCUCGUACCCCCUCCUCCCCAACGCUCUCGCGCCGUUCAACAUCCUCGCCCUCGCCGUCGUCAACAACGGCACGUCGCUCGUCGAGUUUGCCCUCGUCGAGCCGCCGUACCUCGAGCGCGCGACCGACGACGACCACGAGGCGCUCGUCCUGCGCUACAUCGCCGCGUUCGGCUCGCGCCUCGACUCGUUCAACAUGAUGGGCCGCAAGUUCCGGUUCCGGUUCCCGCGCGAGUGGGCGGCGCGGUUCGUCAAGUUGCCCGAGAUUGCGCGCUUCCUCGACCGCGCCGGCGCUCGUGGGUGCGACGUGUGGUGCGGCGCCGAGCAGCGCUUCGAGUCGACGGCCAAAGCCAUGGAGAAGCGUAAGGGCAAGCGCGUCGCGACCGGCGGCGUUCCCGACGACGACGAUGACGUCGAGGCCAACACGCCGCCAAUGCCGACGCUCGCCCAGGUUCAGCAGGUCCUCCGCCAGAUGACGGCUCCGGGUGCAGCAGGUGCCGCCGCUCGCGCUCAGGCCGCCGCCGCUCGCGCGCUCCUCCCGCCGCCGGCUGCACCUGCCGCGCCGAGCAAGGCCAAGGCCAAGGGCAAGGGCAAGGUCGGCGACAAGGUCAAGGGCAAGGGCAAGAGCAAGGCGGGCGAGAAGGGCAAGGGCAAGUCGGCCGCCGUCGCCCCGCCGCAGGAGGACGAGCCCGAGGACGACGGCGGUCUGAUCGUCGGCUCGAGCAAGGGCAAGGGCAAGUCGGUCGCUGUCGAGGCGGACGAGGAGGACGAGAGCGGGCCUGCGGUCGGGUCGAGCAAGGGGAAGGGCAAGGCCCGGGCGUGA